ACCCAGGCCGCGGACCCGCUGCCGCCCGGCCGCCCCGCGCCUCGCGCUGUCGUCUGUACUUGGCAUUAAAUCAUGGGGAGGAAGCUGGACCUGUCCGGUCUGACCGACGACGAAACGGAGCAUGUGCUGCAGGUGGUUCAGCGGGACUUCAAUCUUCGCAAAAAAGAAGAAGAGCGGCUCAGCGAGAUGAAGCAGAAGCUGGCGGAGGAAGGCAGCAAGUGCAGCAUCCUCUCGAAGCACCAGAAGUUCGUGGACCACUGCUGCAUGCGCUGCUGCUCGCCCUUCACCUUCCUGGUCAACACCAAGCGCAGGUGUGCCGACUGUAAGUUCAACAUCUGCAAGAGCUGCUGCUCCUUCCAGAAGCACGAGAAGGUGUGGAUCUGCUGCGUCUGCCAGCAGGCCAGGCUUCUGAGGACCCAGUCUCUGGAAUGGUUCUACAAUAACGUGAAGAGUCGCUUCAAACGCUUUGGCAGCGCCAAGGUCUUGAAGAACCUGUACAGGAAACACCGGCUGGAGAGCGGGGCGUGCUUCGAGAUUCUAGGAGGAAGCUUUUUUGAGGCCAACCUGGAGAAUGAAGGAAGUGUGUCUGGCAGCGAUUCAACAUUUUAUAGGCAGUCUGAAGGACACAGCAUGAUGGACACGCUGGCUGUCGCCCUGCGGGUGGCUGAAGAGGCCAUCGAGGAGGCAAUUUCCAAAGCAGAAGCCUAUGGGGACAGUCUGGACAAACAGAACGAGGCGAGUUACCUGCGGGACCACAGGGAGGAGCUGACCGAGGAGCUGGCCACGACCAUCCUGCAGAAGAUCGUAAGAAGACAGAAGAGCAAAGGCGAGCAGCAAGUGGGAGAAGAGCCAGAGUGGCUGCGGCCCCAGAGCUGCGCGGUGGAGGCUGCGGACGGGGGCCCCGUGGCCCCCGCGGAAGGCGCCCGGGCUCCCAACAGCCUGUGGCCGUCCCAGUCCGCGUUCUCACUCAGCAGAGAAGAUGCCCCGAAGACCCCGUCCCUGGAGGCUGCGGCGGGGCCGCCGGGGGGCCGGGCCCAGCCGCCGAGGGAGGAGGCGGCCUCGCCCGUCUGGAAGAGCGUGGACAGGCUGGACGACACAGGCCUGGCCACCGUUUUGCAGAGCCCCGACGGGAACUGGGUGGCCCUGGGAGACGGCGCUGGGCCACUCCCCCGCCUGCUGGCCAAACCGAAGAGCGGCGCGUUCCAGGCCCUGGAAGCAGCCUCCGGCGCGGCCUCUGCCUACGAGGAGAUGGGCUCCGACAGCGAGGAGGACUUUGACUGGAGCGAGGCCUUGAGCACACUGUGCCCGCGGCCCCGGGGCCCGGCCAGCAACCCCCAGCUGCAGCCCACACAGGCCCAGGGUGCGGACCAAGGCCCCUCGGCCACCUCGGCCUCCUCGGGGCUCUCCCCCAACCCCGAGGCCAUGUGCUCUGACUCGGAGACCUCCUCAGCGGGCUCCUGGCGGCAAGCUGGGCGCCGGGCCAGGCUGUCCUGGCUGCAGAGGAAGGCCCCCGGGGACCCCGCCGCGGAGAAGAUGCGCCUGCAGGGAGAGCUGGACGUGAACUUCAACCCCCAGGCGGCCAGCAGGGAGACCUCGGACAGCAGUGAGCCCGAGGGGGUGCCUCCGGCUGCCGACCGGAAGGCCAGGAGGGGCAGAAGGGCCCGUGUGGGCUCGGAAGAGCCAAGCGAGGAAUUGUCUUCUCCCAGCGCCCAUUGCCAAGGGCUGGCUGCGCAUCAGGCGUCCGGAGACCCGUCGGAGACCGACAUCAGCAACGGGGCUCUGCACCCUCGGGGCCGUGGGGCCGCCACGGAAGAAAAACUGAGAAACAGGCUGUACGAGUUAGCAGUGAAAGUGAGUGAGAAGGAGACAUCCUCGGGGGACGAUCAGGAGUCGGAGCCCAAGGCGGAACCCCAGAGCCACAAGGACUGUCUGUCCCCCGAAGAGAAUGGCCAGGACGUCCAGGAGGAGCUGAAGAAGAAGUAUUCUGCUGUUUCUCUCUGCAACAUCUCCACAGAAGUCCUGAAAGUCAUCAAUGCCACAGAGGAGCUGAUAGCAGAGUCCGCAGGGCGCUGGGAGUUCCCGCCCGUCCCUCCCGACAGAGAGAAGGGGGCGUUUCCCCUGGGGACAGACCAAGUGAGACUGGAUGAACACCUGACGUCCUUGGAGGAAAACGUGUACCUGGCGGCGGGCACCGUGUACGGACUCGAAGGCCAGCUGAGCGAGCUGGAGGGAGCCGCCCGCCGCAUCCACAGCGGCACCGACGACACCGCGCUGGCCGAGCUGGAGGACCAGGUGGCCACGGCCGCAGCGCAGGUUCACCACGCGGAGCUCCAGAUUUCUGAUAUCGAGAGCCGGAUUUCAGCCCUGACCAUCGCGGGAUUAAACAUAGCCCCAUGUGUGCGCCUCACAAGAAAACGAGAUCAGAAGCAAAGGAACCAGGUACAAACCAUAGACACAUCGAGGCAGCAAAGGAGGAAACUGCCUGCCCCGCCAGUGAAAGCUGAAACCACUGAGGCAUCUUCGGCAACCACCACUAAAACAUUUAACCGCAACUUCCUUCUCCAAGGCUCCUUGACAAACAGGACGAAUGAAAGGAAAAACACCACCAAGGAUUUGAUGGAGCCCACUCGGGAGUCUGCUGUGAUGUAUUAGCGCACGGACUCCACUGCCAGUGACCCACUGCCUCCGGCCGUACACGCCAGUGCCUUGACCCAACAGCCAUCCAGUACCGUAUGGAUUUCCACCCGAGGGGAGGGCCCAGGGAGGCCGCGGUGCACCAUGGCUCGGGGCUGUCCCGAUGCCUCACCCAGAAAGCGGCCCCAGACUUGAGCACCGCGGUGUUGCCCACUCUCUGCCUUAGGCUCCCAGGGGAACCCAAGACAGAACACCGAGAUGCUGGUUUCCAACAGCAGAGCUCUCUGCUCAAAAGAUGCAUCUUUUCCGUGUUUGCUUUGCCACUGUGUGUUGUCUUUAAGAUCUCUCUCUCUCUCUUUUUUUUUUUUUUAUCCCUUUGAUUCAACGAAAAGUCCAUGUCAAUCGUUAUUUGUCCAAAGGAAAACUAUUGGGGGCUGGGGGGGGGGGCGGUGGGGUGGAAAGAAGGGAGAUGAGUAUUAUCAUUUAAUUCAUCAUCAGUCCUUACUAAUCUCUCAAAACCAUGUUUGCCCCACAGAUGCUGGGGACAAUGUGCAAGUGCCCCCGUAGUGAAUGUCCAGACUGUCCCAUUUGGGGAGCACGCACCCAGCAAGGAUGCAAGUCUCCCUUCAGCCACCUCCUUCCUGGAAAGCUCCUAGCUACCCCCCUACCCCCCCCACACACACACACCAACCACAUGACCACAAACAGUGGCCCAGUCAUUCCCAUCGCAAUCACGCACCACAGAAUGGAAAGUUCUCACCCACCCAUGCCAUGCCCAAGUCUUUCUGAAACAAGGUUUCAUUGAGAAUUUAGGGUUUGUCCUUGGACUCACUGACAGUUCCCCCACUGUGAAGGGAGAGGAGCUUGGGAAAGCUCACCAUUGGCUAACUUUGGGGCACCGUCCUGAAUCCACGUGAUGCAGUUUAGCGAUGACUGUGUCUAAACGGGUUCUAACCACCUGAGAAAAUGUGCUCCAAAAUUUACUUCCAAGAAGGUAAUUCAGCUAAACUAGUAGAAUGGUUAAAGAAUCGCCCUGGAAAACUUACAGGCGUGAAAAAGGCAAAGGGCAAACUGUGAAUGUAACAGACACGUGCUCCACGCUAGUGGUCUCAAAGGCGUGACUGCGUAGACUAUGUUAUAAAGGCCGAUGGAAUGGAAUUCCGCCCAAUGAGUUGAGCAUUUACAGCCUUUUUUUUAACUUUCCCCGAUACAUUCUGAAUCUUAGGAAGAAAGCAAACGAUGGGGGGUAAGGAGGUAGUUUGACUGAAAUGUUCUAAGUGACUGCUUUGAGGGAGGCAAUUCCUUCUCAUCUUAAUCCAAAGAGCAACCCUCUUCAGUUGAUAACCCCACUUUUCAGAUUUGGAAACUGAGGGGGCCAGAGAGAUUAGUUUGCCAAAGUCACACCUCUAAGCUAAGUGUAACUGGAAUGCUUCACAAAAGUCUCACCCUGUGUUGCUUUCAACUUCUACAUUCUUUUGCAGCUACACACAUUCCCAGACCUGAUUUGCUACUGAAAUGUGUGUUACGAUCCCUUCCUGAUGCCGACUUGCCUAUCUUUGGGUGAUACCCUUUGCUGAUGCCGUGUAUGUGUUUUCCAACAGAAAUGACUCCUUUGAAACAGAGUGAAUCUUGGCUUUUUGUUCUGUUGGUGUGACUCAAAGCAGACAAAUACAAAUUUUAAAAAACAACAACAACAACAAAAAGAUCUGAGUUCCAAAUAGAAUGUUUCCUUUAAGAGGCAUGAAAAGCAACUAUUGGUGUGUUACAGUGUUAAAAUAUUCAGUUUUCUUUGACAAAAAUGUGUACUGUGUAAGCCUUGCAAAAAAACAAAAAACAAAAAAAACAAAAAAAAAAGAAGAAGCCUGCUCUAUGGCAUUUGAAAUUUUAUAAAGGUUUCCGUGUGCCAAAUAAGUGCAAAGAUUUAAUUUACUAUUAAAAACCAUAAGCAUAUGUUAUAGUUUCAGAAGAAUUAUUUUGUCAUCAAGUGAUUUUGAUCUUCAGUGUCAAUAUUUAUAUUUAGAUUAAUUUUUAUAAAUGAAAAUAUUUUAAUGGUUUAAGAAAAUGAGGACAAUAUGACCAUAUCUUUGAUGACUUCUGAAAGUUAUGCUUGCCUUCAUGUUAUAUGCACAUCGCCAAGAAUUACUGUCAAGAGAAAUGGUAAAGCAGUAAAAGUCACUUAUGAAAAUAA